AUGGCUCCUGCCCAUGACCAUGACCAAGUCAUAACCGUAUUCGGAGCUACUGGCGGACAAGGGGGUGGUGUAGUUUCUGCGCUUCUCAAAGCCAUUUCCAGAGGAGAAGAUUACGCCGUCCGUGCAGUGACUAGAGACCCAGAUGGAACCAAGGCCCAAAAUCUCAAAAGUAAGGGGUGUGAGGUGGUCAAGUGUGAUAUGGACGACAAAGCGUCCGUGGAAGAAGCGCUGAAGGGCUCGUAUGGUGUUUUCUUAGUGACAAAUUACUGGGAGCAUUUCAGUAAAGAGAAAGAGAUCGAUCAAGGCAAACGAGUUAUCGAUGUGUGCGAGGCACUUGGAGUGAAGCAUUUGAUUUACAGUGGGCUGGAAAACGUGAAGAAACAAAUUGGAAUUGAUUGUGCGCAUUUUGACAGCAAGGGUAUCGUGGAAGAGUAUCUGCACGGGAAGAAGCUGAAGGAACGCUUGCCCUUCACCAUAGUUCGCUUCUCAUUUUAUUUUAAUAACCUGGCAUCGAUGAUGAAGCCACGGAAAACGGCUGAACACACUUAUGUCUUUGAUAUUCCAAUGCAUGAUGUUCCUAUGGACGGAAUCGACGUCACC